AUGGCACUAACAGUGGGGAAAGCAGGACCAGCUUCGGAUUUUAGAAAGUUUAUGGAAAAACGAUUACAAAUUUACUUAAAUGGAAAUAGACUGAUAGUUGGAGUUUUGAGAGGCUAUGAUACCUUUAUGAACUUAGUAUUAGAUAAUACAGUGGAAAUUAAAAAAGACGAGAAUAUUGACAUUGGCAUUGUUGUUAUACGAGGAAAUAGUAUAUCCUAUUGGGAAUGUUUAGAUAAAGUCAAUAUUAAAUAA